AUGGGUGUAACCCUGCGAUCGGGGCUGUAUUACGCCCUGCCACCAUCAAUAGCGGGCUUCGCCUACGGAUGGGAGAUUGCGUCCAUGAGCGGCAUCUUAACGAUGCCGCAGUUUCUUUCCUACUUUCAUACGCCAUCAGCUUACCGACAAGGUGUCAUGGCAGCGGCUCUUCAGGCUGGCGAGUUUGGGGGUUCGCUACUGAUUGGGUUCUUUCUUGCUGACCGAUUCGGCCGUCGAUACACGCUUCUCAUUUGUGUAGCUAUUUAUCUGAUCGGGCAGGCAGUUGUUGUCGCUGCACAAAACCAAGCCAUGUUUAUCGCGGGCCGACUUGUCAAUGGACUCGGAGCUGGUGGCCUAUUCCAAUCUAUUUCUCUGUAA